AUGAAAAGUCUAGCAGGUUUCCGCUCCUAUGCCGUGGUCUGCGGAAGCAUGACCGCAUUUACGGGAUGGACAGCCGUUAUGUCGGUACGCGAUCUCCCUCAUGAUGUGGUUGAGGGUGAUUUCCUUGAUGGCUUUGGCGGGGGUGUUAGCCGUCAAGAGACAGGAUUUCAAAACCUGCGACCAGUCUGCUUUUUGCAAGAGGCAUCGCGCCAUUUCGGUAGGUCUAGUGAUGGCUUACUACUAGCUUUUCUGCUACCUUCUAUCGUUGCUUUGAAAACGGAGCAUUCUCUUCAGGAAAACACCGGAUAUGAAGUGGAUCCUCAGUCCGUAAAACAUAGCGGCUCACGGUUGGACGCUGUAUUGCAGAACUCUGAGAAUAGGCUAUCGUUGCGGUUGUAUGGAUUAAACGUAUGUGCCAGCUCUCUUCAUUAUUUUUUGAAUCUUCUUUUCUGGAUUUUCAGAGUGCUUGCUACAGUAGUAGCGCGUUCCCACUAUAUUUCAUUCACGCUUUAUCUUUCUUCCUCGGUUGCGCUGAGAGCAAGGGUGUUUUCACCGGUAUACUAACU